UCUCUCUCUCUCUCUCUCUCUCUCUCUCUCUCUCUCUCUCUCGGCCGCCAUUGGAGGAGCUACGAGGAGGAGGAGAAGCGACAAUGAAAGGGGGGAUCGAGGGCGGAUGCGAUCGGUGGAGCUCGGAGGAGGAAGGGAAGCAUCAGCGUGAACUGGCGGAUUAGAGGUGGUACGAUCGGAGGCUGUCAGUUGGAUGCUUGCAUUAUAGCAUUUUGGAGCUUUUCUCUCUUCAGGCUUCAAUUUCACAAUAGAUUUCUCCAUUAUGGGUACCUGUGGAUCCUCUUGAAUGGCAUAUUAUUAUUUUUUAUUGCUAUUCUGUAUCUCCUAGCAUCAUUGGGAAAAUUGGCAUUAGGAGCCACUGUUGCAUAUGCUGGAUGGAAGGAAAAAAUUACGCCAUGCACAAAGAAACCUCCAUCUUUUAUUGAAACCAGAAUUAUCAAGCAUAUGUGGAACUUUGAGGCUUCCGGUGGAUGUCAAGUGUCUGGCUGAAAAGCUUCUUGAAUAUGUCAUGAAUAACCACCUCGUUGUUCGAGAUCCUGAGACUAUUCUCUUUUCAAGCACUCCAUGGAUGGUGAGGAAUGAAACUCGUGCAGGAACAGAAACUUUUAUCCGCGUAAGUGGUGCAACUUUUCAGGUUGAAGACAACACUAAGUACUUGCAAUCUGGUCCUCCUUUUCUCAUUCUUCUUCAUCCUGCUUUGGGUCCACUUUGGGAGAUUACUCGACAGAAGAUAAGAUUAAGAAAAGGACAUACAACUAAUGUUAUCAGGAUCUUGUUUGUUCCCCAGCAACAAGGCUGCAAUACUGAGUUUUAAUGUUGCAUGUGGAAUGGAGUUUUAAUGUUGUUUUGAUACGAGUGUUUGUAUAAUUAUACUACAUGAUUUCCAAUGUAUAUAUAGGGCAUCUAUAUGUAUUGUUAAUUCAAUAGGAUGA